AUGAAAUGUGGUCUUUUCUCUGAUGCAGGUCUUCAGGAACCGGUGAAGUCUACGUCGUUACACGAUCGUGCAGACGAGAUUCGGCGUGGCGGGCACGGUGACAGCGGUGGCGGCGGCGGCGGUGGCGGCGGUCGAGCCGGUGGUAGAACUGGCAAUAGUGGUAACGGCGGUGGAAGUGGUGGCAGCGGCGGUGGAGGUGGUGGCGGCGGCGGCGGCGGUGGCGGUGGUGCGGGUUCAAGAAACGCGGGGGCGGCCGCGGCCGCUGCCGAACCCGGAAUCGUUGCAGAUGAGGCUGCCGGACCUGCUGGUGGACACCUAAUCGAAUGGGAAGAAAAUGAUCGCUUUUCUUUCGACGAUUCCGACCGCUUCGAGGAAGAUUCGCUAUGUAGUUUCAGCAGCGAGCCUGAAUCGCUCUGUAAUAAUUGGCGAGGAUGGAGACGACUUCCACCAGCAUUUGGAUUAUCUAAGAAAUCCUGCGAAGAAAAUUAG